AUGGAUCAACUUCAUGACACUGAAUGUGAUGCAUGUAAGAAGUUAUUGAUUAUUUACAAACAAACUAAUUUGAAGCAGGGCGUGUUGGUAAUAUACUUGUCCGAUUUCAAAAUCAUGGGAGAAUGUGACAAACAAGGUUUCCCAAUGAAGCAAGGAGUGUUGGCUCCAGGGCGUGUUGGUAAUAUACUUGUCCGAGGCACUCUUUGCUUCAGAGGAUAUGGAAGGCGUAAUGGUGAACUCAGGAGGAAAUCUGGCCAUUGGUGCAUUGUGAGCCAAGAUAUUUCUGUUUUGAAUUUAGUGAUUGUGAAAAAGGGUGACAAUGACCUGCCCGGACCGAUGUUGAGAAGCCAAGAAUGA